CUAUUUUCGGCCUUCAUUUUGGCCACUGUCAUCCCCAGGAAAGGUGCCCAAGGAAGAGAAGUUGAAUCCCUCCCGUCUGGGGGUUUCAGCAAACAUGGCGGACUUCUCACGAUGGCUCUUUGCUGUAUUCUGUUUAUUGAUUGUAGGAUCCAUUGAGUGCCAGAAACAACAAGAACAUGAACCGAAACUGAAGUACAGAUUGUGUAAUGAACGUGCACUUGUUGGCAAGACUAGUGAAAAUCUAAGACCUCUGUCGUUCUGGCAUGUGAACUGCCAUUAUCCAGAGUACUUUUCUAUUGGCGAUGUGGUGACAAAAGGUACAAAUCAUCCUUUUAACUGGCCUUUAUUAGUGAAGGAUGAAAAAAACGGCCUUCUUCAACGUCCUACAGCAGUCAGUCGAAUUUGGAGACCUCCAAACAAGGGAGGAGACGAUGAAUUCACUGUUUUUGAAAUGAUCUGUCCACGAGGAUUUAAAGCUCUGGGAAAUAUAGUUGUUGAAGGCUUCAGGCAACGUCCUGACCUACGUCGCUACAGGUGUGUUCAUGAAAGUGUGUUAGUUAAAGGAAAACUUCACUCUAUCUGGGAUGACAUUGGCAUUGAAGAAACAUUGGGUAUUGGAGUAUGGGCAGUUAGAAAACAUCCUGGAAAACCAGGUUUAUCAACAGGGACUUUUAUGUCUGGGGGACCUGAGGUACAAAAUAGACCUGUCUUCGCUCUGAACCCGCUUAAAGCCAUUGUUGAGCAACAUUCAUCAGUUCAGCUACGAAAACAAUCUGAUAGUGGUUAUCCUUGCCACAUUGUGUGUUACAUCACUAACUGGGCCCAGUACCGUCCUACUGGAGGAACUUUUUUCCCUAAGGAUACAGAUCCCAUGCUGUGCACACAUAUUGCCUUUGCCUUUGCGAUUAUUAAAAGCAAUCGGAUUUCUCCUUUUGAAUGGAAUGACAUAGAUGUCCUCUACCCUCAGACGCAAGCACUUAAGCAGAGAAAUCCAAACCUGUUGACCCUGCUUGCUAUUGGAGGAUGGAACUUUGGCUCCGGUUUCAGUGAAAUGCUCUCUACACCAGAAAAUCGCCGCACCUUCAUUGAGUCAGCAACAGUGUAUCUACGGCAACAUAGAUUUGAUGGGCUUGAUCUGGACUUUGAAUAUCCAGGUUCUAGGGGUAGCCCUCCUGAGGAUAAGCAACGCUUCACUUCAUUGGUCGAGGAACUGUCAGAAGCUUUUGAUGCAGAAGCCAAGCGGACUGGGAAAAAAAGACUGUUGCUUAGUGCAGCAGUUGCUGCUGGCAAAGACACAAUUGAUACAGCAUAUGAAGUUGAAAAAAUAAACGAGAAACUAGACUUCAUUGGCAUUAUGACCUAUGAUUUCCAUGGUGGCACUUUUGACAAAGUCACAGGACACAACAGUCCCCUGUUUGCUGGUGAUAAUUACCCUUGGGAAAAUGAAUAUUUCAAUUGUGACAAGGCCAUGAAUUAUUGGGUUGAACAAGGUGCAACUCCUGAAAAACUUCUCAUGGGAUUCUCCAAUUAUGGACGCACCUUUAGACUUAGCAGCGAUGAUACAUCCGUGGGUGCCCCUGCCAGUGGUCCUGGUUCUGCAGGGAAAUAUACACGCGAGGAAGGCUACUGGUCUUAUUAUGAGGUUUGUGAAUUCCUGAAAACUGGUGCUACUACAGAGUGGAUUGCAGACCAGUCGGUUCCCUAUGCCCACCACAAUUCUGAGUGGGUUGGCUAUGAUGACGAAAAGAGCUUCAGAUACAAAGCUCAGUUUGUGAAGGACAACAAGUUUGGUGGUGCCAUUGUAUGGGCAGUUGACCUGGAUGACUUCAGAGGCACAUUCUGUGAUAGUGGACGUUAUCCUCUGAUGAAUGAGCUGAAGAAAUCUCUUUCCGGCAAUGUAUGCGGAGGCUCUGGAAUUAUACCAACAUUGAUCCCUUUGCCUACUGGAACACCCUUCACCACUCCUGAACCUACCACCGCUUUACCUGACAACUAUUGUGAGGAUAAACCUGAUGGUAACUAUGUUUAUCCACCAAAUCCACACAAAUACUACUCAUGCUCUAAUGGAUACACAUAUAUAAUGGACUGUCCAUCUGGUCUGGUCUUUGAUGAGGAGUCAGACUCCUGUGUGGAGCCAUCUGUGUUUUAAUUUGGUGAAAACAGAUGUGAUGAAAUUCCCCUUACCCAUGAAAUUCAAGUCGAUAUAACAUAAGCACCAUCUCCAAAGCAUGCCCAGCAGUCAAAAUUUGUUUAAAUUAUCAUUGAGUUCAAAGUUGAUUAUCCAUUCAGUGCUAACUUUCUGGAUUAGUUUUAUUAAACUUGGUUGCAGUUAUGCCUAUACAUGAAAUCUAUAUGAAUUUUAUUCUGAAAGAUUCAGUACCAUACCCCUGAAUUGUACACAAUAUUCUACCCAUGGCUGCUACUAGACACUGACCGUAUUUUCACACUUUAUCUUCUGGCUCUUCUGCUUUAUGGAACUGAAGCAUAAUAGUGCCCACAGCAGUCUCUACUAUUGUACUUUACUGCAAAGAAAAAACACUACAUUGUAGUGGGAAGAUGAUAAUGGGAUGUACUUCAACAUUUGCACACUUGUCCUGCCCAUCUCUACCUCUCUGUUUUUCUCUGAUCCAUUCCCUGAACAUACUGGCAUUAGAGGAUUACAAACACAAGAACUCUUGAUACUUCAAAGUUCUGAAAAGUCCUUCUGCCAAUGAGAUACAGCUUGCUCAGGCACGGGCAAACUUGGGCCCUCCCUCCAGGUGUUUUGGACUUCAACUCCCACAAUUCCUAGCAGCCUCAGGCCCUUUCCUUUUCCCACUCAGCCGCUUAAGCAUACUACGUUCUUCUUGUGAUAUUGGCUACACAGGAAUAUGAACACCUUUAUGAACAAUCAUUGUUGACUGCUGUUCCAAAAAGUCACCAAGAAACUUUGGAAUGAAUGAAAUAAUACACAGAACCAGAUUUCUGUACAAUGUAUCCUGCUGUUUCCAUACCAUUUGCAUGCAACAAUAAAAUGUAUUCAUCAGUAAA